UGAUGGAUACGUUUCAUUUAAAAGGUUAUCGUGUAUUUGUUUUGAUGAAAUAUUUGCUGUGGUGACAGCAAGGAGCUGCCAAAGUUUUCGGGUCCGCGUUCUGAAUCUGGUGCUUGAUAUAUUGAGGAACCCCUUUUAAAAAAGAAAUUCUGAUCUUUGACACGUGAUAUUGCGAAGGGCACAUUUUCAAAUGAGAGCCAGUUUCCCUGAUCAUCCACUAGAUGGCGGAAUGAACACACACCUUGAGCCACCCAGUUCUGCAAAAAAGAUUGAUUUUGUAUUGCACUGUUGUUCCAUAUUGAGGUUGGAUAUGGUGUAAAAUAUUGGUUUUCUCCUAUUCAUAUAGAGAAAGAUAGAGCAGUUAUUCUGCUUAUGGCAAGACAGGAUACUCUGUCAAUGAUUUUGUGUUGACAGUUUUCAGUGUGAUAACGAGAGGGAUGUGUACAAAUAACUGCUGACAGUGAUUUACUACUUUCUUUAUUGCUCUUUAAUCACGCCCACCUGUGUGGGGUUUUUCCAGCGAACAUGUUUAAUCAACAUCAUAUAGCCGUUUUUUCGAAUGCUUUUGUUUGCUGGCGCAAGCCAGAAAGGACAGGCUGGAGGGGCGGUGGAUAGAAUUGUCUGUCUCCUCACACACACUAACUUUUAUGGCUACACUGGAUGACACUGGAUUUUAUGUGUUUUAUGUCUUUUUGGAACUGUUUAACAUGGGGCGUGACUGCCCGCCUUUUCUUUUGCAUACUGCCUCAAUAUAUUUUCAUGCAUUCUUUGUACCGACGCGCUCUACAACAUCAAAAAGUACAGAGACCCGAAUUGAUUCGUACUGAGUUGGGAUGUUGGAAUACAGAGAAGAAAAUACGUCGAAGUGUUGUGGGUCUUUAUUCCACAGAAAGAAAUAAAAUAACCCGUGCGCAAAGGACUGAGAAACACGUACAGAGUGCGCUAAACACUUCUGUUUCCUCUAUUCUGACAAAGUGACAACGUGAUAGUUAAAAAAUAACAAAUGAGAAAAGCACAAUUACACGCAAUCACUUUAUACUUUUACUUGGAAAGUAUUGUAUUUCCGGUAAUUUUCCUGCUCGUGUCUGUAACUUGAUGCUUUUGUACAAGAUGACGUGAAACCACUUCCUCACGAAAGGUAGCGCUGCAAGUCAGGUCAAUGCUGUCAGGUGUGCGGUGUGUCAAGGAAGAGCAGUAUAGAAACAGGUGUAUCUAUCGUCUUUCUGUUAAAAAAAAAUACAGUGAUAGUCUUUCGUUCUUGUCACAACUGAAUCUGUCGGAAAAUAGGUUACAAUAUUCUUGUCGAUUGGACGUUUCAAAGAAUUUUCUUUCCCUUUCAGCAUUGCAACGUUAGCGAUACAAACUUCACAAAGUGGCGUAUGAUUGUCCUCACCGGAUGCGCAAAUACAUUUGACUGGAAAGUUAAUAUUUCAUCUUCAAAUGUUUUUCUGCGAGUUUUAUAUUGUUUAUUAUGGCGGCCUAAAUGAACGUUGAAGAAGGUCGGUUGGUUGGAUGUCGAUUCUUUGAAACUCACGUGUUGCAUUCAUGUUUUGUUGUUUUCAAUGUGUGCAUGAACUUGACAGUUUUGUGCAGGAAGAUGUUCCCUGUUGACCUGCCACCUGUUGUCGAAACUGACCUGAGGUCAGCAUCUGAACAGUAUCUUUUGUCGCUAAAGUCCAGGCCUGAAGAUAAUGACUGUUUUCAAUCAUCCAAAACUUCUAAGUUGGAAAUAACAGCAAAUAACAUCAAAUGGUUGCAGCUAUUUGAGGAUGACCAAGCUAGAUCUUCGUUAUUGGCACUUCACCCACCUGAUGAUCCAGCUCAAGUGGUGGCCUUAUACCUGCAUGGAAGUUGGUGGUCUGUGAAUGAUGUUAUACGGACAUCCUGCAAAUCAAGAACUGACUUGCUUCCGGUCCAGUCCCUAAUGGAGAGGCUCGUUAUGUUCCUGUUGAGUCAGGUGGUGGAGAGGCCUUCACUUGGGGAAGCACUCUUCUCCCUGCACCCCCGCACAGAGAGCGCCAAAUUACUGUGGCGAGAUGGCCAAGCAGUUGGCUUCUACACAGUCAAAAACAAAGGCAGUCUGUGUGACAGCUGGAGCAGCCGCUGCUACCAGCUGCCUGUUCUGGACACUGUGCUGGUAAGGCCAAGCUGGAGGAAAAGAGGACUGGGACUUAAGAUGCUGAGUGACUUCUGCUCGUCCUUCCCCAGCGAGCAGGUGCUGGGAAUCAGUGUGCCACUUUCACCCAGCAUGGUUGCAGUGUGUAGGCGGUUUCUGCAGCUGAAUGAAGACUACAGAGACCGUCUGUAUGAAGUCGAGGCUCCAGGGGAAUGGACUCAACGGCGAAACGUCUGGCUCAACAUCCAACUAUCCCGCUAUUCACUCAGUGGAGAUGAAGUUGUAUGAGUGGGAAAAUUUAGAUGGGUUGGUUCCAGCAACUCCCCACGCCAUCCUGUUCGGGAUAAGCGGUGUGGAAAAUUGAAGGAUAAAUAUAUGUCAUAAUCAGAGGUGAUUGCUCUAAGACUGCAAGGGAAGCUCAGCUUCCCCUAAAAUGUCCAAAAAUAAGUGAUCAAAUACGUGUGUGUGCAUGUCACUGACUAAAUAUGUUUCUACAACGCGCUCAAUUUUCUUCCGAAUCAGCUUCUUAUUCCUGGUUACGACGCAACUCUCUUCUCAUUCAUUCCAGCAGCUUCACUGUGCUUUAAACUGUGUGGACGCUGAGUGUCUACAGCUCGGAUGCUGGGCGUCGAGAGAGUUCAGAGCCCGUGCAAUGCAUUGAAACGAGACGAGUCAUUGGAUAAAUGCUGCUUUUGUCCCGCCGAUCGGAUGCUCAGUGUCUGGGAGUCUAUGGAUAGUGGGCGUUUAUGGGCUGGCACGGUCGAUGAGCUUUUCUGAAUGAUGAUUGGGUGAUCUGUCUGAGGCUGAAUCUCUUUUGGAUUGACAGCGAAAUGAGCCAAUCACCGAUCUUUUUAGGGCAGGCAUCGUGGGAGCAUUUUUCAAUUCUCAUUCUGUUCUGAGUUGAACUGGAGACUUCUAAUCAUCUGAGCUACACUCUCUUUGUUGAAAACGACUAGCGAUAUAUUAAUCUUUCAUUUCUGGUGGGUUUUAUUGUAGUUGCUGUAGUUGUAGGACACUAGUUAAGUCGCCUUGUUGGUAUGACAGGGUCACAUAAUUUUCUUGAAAAGGAACGGAGAGUAGAAGCCACAAAAAACGGACACAUUUUAUGAUGUAGGCCGAAAUUGAGCUUCCUCUCCUUGACAGACCAGCAUCCGCCACUGGUCAUAAUCUUGUAAAUUAUGUUUUGCCAUUCACUGUCUGCGUCUCCAUGCCGUCGCCAUUGUCGUGACGUCACAUUGAAGUCGGUCGGAGAACUUUUAUUUUAUUUUUUUUGCCUCUCCCUUACUUCGUGGGACUUGGCAACUGGGACCUCCCAGUUCAAAGUGCGUUCUAAGUGACCUUUCCCAGUCGGAACUCGGUUGUCGGACUUCCCACGUUCAUGGAAUGCAUCACAAGCAUACCGUCCAUGUGGACGGAAACGGAAAUGUCAGUUUCAGGAAAAACACGGACAGGAUUAUUUGGAAUCUUGAGAAUAAUUAGUGAAAAAUGAGCCGAAUCUACCAUAACAUCUCUUUAAAAAACAAACCAGUACACAAUGAGAAAUAUGACCGUGUGUGGUCACC